GCUGAAGAGUGUGGAACCGACACCGACAGCUUCGCUUCGCACGGGAAACUUACUGAAACUAUAAAUUAUGACACGCAGUAGGCUAUGCCGGAGUUCGCGUUAAGAAUAAAUGGAAAUCAUUUGUAAACAAUAAUUCAGUUGGAAAUUUAAGCAGUCGAAAGACUCCUUAUGCCUGUCCGUGGAGGAACAGGCGAACAAGGAGGUGUUCGUUUUUUACCUGGGAACAGGUAAUUGGCUACUACUACUGGGAAAUUGGGUUAAAAAAAAAGAUCUGAAAUGAAUGAAACACAGGACCUGAACAUUACACUUGUGGAUGAUGGUAACUGGACUUUUGUCAAUGGCUCCAAUGAAUUCUUCUUACCUCAGAACAAUGUGACAUACGUUGGAUAUUACCUGCAUCAGCCAUCUGUAGCAGCGGUAUUCAUAGUUUCCUACCUGCUCAUAUUCCUGGUCUGCAUGGUUGGAAAUGGAGUAGUGUGUUUCAUUGUGUUACGGAGCAAAAACAUGCGCACCGUCACCAACCUUUUCAUCCUCAACCUCGCCAUCAGUGACCUUCUUGUUGGGAUUUUCUGCAUGCCUACAACUCUUCUUGACAACAUUAUUACAGGUUGGCCAUUUGGAAGCAUGGUCUGCAAAAUGAGUGGUAUGGUCCAGGGCAUAUCAGUCUCAGCCUCCGUUUUCACCUUGGUUGCCAUAGCUGUUGACAGAUUCAGAUGUAUCGUGUAUCCCUUCAAACAAAAGCUGACAAUAUCAACAGCCACUUUCAUUAUUGUGAUAAUCUGGGUCCUGGCAUUGUCCAUCAUGUGCCCCUCUGGCGUCAUGCUUCAGGUGACUAAAGAGCAAACCAUUCGCGUGUUCCUGGGAGAUGGCAACCGAACGAGCCCAUUCUACUGGUGCAGGGAAAACUGGCCUAACCAGGAGAUGAGGAAGAUCUACACCACCGUCCUGUUUGCCAACAUUUACCUGGCUCCUCUGUCUCUCAUAGUAAUCAUGUACGCAAGGAUUGGGAUCACUCUGUUUAAAACAGCCAUGCCGGCAGGGGCCAAACCUGGCCAUGAUAACCGUCACUCAGUGUCGAAGAAAAAACAAAGAGUGAUCAAAAUGCUCCUCAUCGUGGCUUUGCUCUUCAUCUUGUCCUGGUUGCCUCUGUGGACACUAAUGAUGCUAACAGACUAUGUUAAACUUACCGAACAUCAGUACAGGCUUAUUAACAUCUACAUUUACCCUUUUGCCCACUGGCUAGCCUUCUUCAACAGCAGUGUCAACCCAAUAAUCUACGGGUUCUUCAAUGAGAACUUUCGGCGUGGGUUUCAGGCCGUGUUUAAGUUUGGCAUGUGUCCUGUUGGCGGUCAGCAUCGGACCUAUUCUCAUAGGGUGCAGGGCAAUUCUGUGCAACCGGUGAACCCGCAACCCUCCACAGAGCCCAUCUCUCUUAACAGUCUGGAGAACAACAGUUCGAGGAGGAUGAACCACGUCAACGAGCAAGACUUAGUGAUGGAAGAUUUAGAGAAAGUGUCUGAAUGUAGUAUGGAAGGAGCUUCUCUUUAAAGGGCUUAAUAGAGAGGAAUGGUAUGAUAGCAGACUCAUUAUGUAUCAAAUUACAGACGAUUAUUUACUUACAUUUUAAAAAUGAGACUGUUAACAUUAUACAUUUGUGUGUAAAAUGGAUUUAACUCAUGUUUAUUUUGAACAGACAUCUGCUGCUGGGAUGAAUGUACUUGCUGACGCUGUCAGACACGAUUGGGCAAUUCUGACAAUUUAACAACUGUAGUCUUGUAAAUUUAACAAUCUGUAAAGAUAAGUUCAGUUGAAAAAAAAUCCGUAAAAUUAUUGUAAAUAUAUGUAUAUACACAGGAACAUCUGGAGUUUUAUGAUACGUAGUUAGAUGUAUAAAUUUUUAUAUGCACAUGAAAGUAUCAGAACUGCCAUAAUCCAAAAUCAUUCAUUGUUUCUGGAUUAAAGUCUGGGAUUUUAGGCACAGCACUUACAUCUUAAUAUUAACAUUAAACAUUCAUACCUCAUUUGUGACAGAUCCGUGGAAAGGCUGGGAUAUAUUUCAGUGGGAGGGUUUAAUGGGACCAUAAUUGUUAUCUUGUACCCAAACAGGGUAAAAUGAGCCAUGAAAGAGAUUAGUCUGAUUGUCUGCUGUUGGCGCAAAUAGCAGAAAGUAAGUCAUAGUUACUCACACUGGCCUUUCUGCCCUGUUGACUGACAGAGCUCUCAGAUGAAUAGUUUGACAUAUGAGACAGAGGUAGGCUUUGUAUGGAUUUGAUAUGGAUUUCAGGAAUAUUUGAUGCACGAGUCUGGAUGUAGCACUGUGAUUCACUUGCCAAAAGCUGAUUUGUUCUUCAGGCAUGCUUUCUCUUUAGGGUUGUCUGUGCCAAAAACAUUGUCAUUGUCACCUUAUAGGUUUCCUGCCAGGUAGUUUUUAACUGCCCCAUCCUUUAGCCUGCAUUAUUUUGUGACAGAUUCACAAAAUGGUUUUAAGUGACUGUUAAAGUUAGCCUGCAGUCACUUUAAAGAGGUCAUGUCAUGCCUUCUUAAAUUAUUUGAUACUGCUCUCUGAGUUCCACUUACAAUGUUAUGAAGUUUUUACAUAAAAAAAGAAAAAAAAAGUACUUGGCUAUUUCCUGUCCUGUUUUGACCCCCUCAUCAGAAGGCUCUGUUUGAAUAGGUUUGGGCUGGUUGUAGACUCAGAAGUAAACACCCACAGCUAUGAUUGGUUAACAGUUGUGUAUGUUUGACAGCUUACAUCCUUCAGAGAUGGACACUGCUGUGAUUCAAGUUCAAAAUGCAUAAAUACUAUCAAACCAUCUGUAAUAACAGACAAAGCAACAGUGACCACAUUAUAAAACCAGUUACACUUGUGUGGUCCGACAUUACUGUGUUUGGCACUGCAUCGUCUUUUAGUUUCAGUCUUUCAGAAAAUCCUGCAUCAAACUGUGCUUUGUUUGUAAAUGAAUCCAUGGUUAAAUGAAGUGAACAAAGGACCAUGUUCUUACUGACGUGGUCUGGAUCUUCAUUAAAAAUAUCAUCAAUUCUUUCUUAAUGUUGGAAUCAGUAGGAAGGCAAUGCAAAGAUUUUACACGACUUGGCACAGCACAGAGGUCUUGUUGACUUUGGAGCCAUCUUUAUCGUUUGAUUUCUGUGUAGGCUAGUGUUGGCCUCUCUCGUCAUUUAAAUGUGCUUGAAUUGGUGGGUUGGGCAAAACAGGCGCUGCAGUAGAAGCAUGCAUUGAUCUUCUUUUGCAGAGGCAGUGUUUAACCAUACUAUAGUUCAUAAAUUGGCACAUUCCACAAGUUUUAAUUUUGGCAGAUUGGUUUCAAUAUAAGCUGUUUUUAGACUAACGAGAAAUUUCUAAAACUUACAGGAUGUUUUUAAUAGUACAAUGACCUCUUAUAUGUGAAAAUAUCAAGGGAAUUUCUCAGUUCAUGACCCCUUUAAACUUAAGCAUUAACUCUUUGGUGAGAUCUUUCAGGUGGGUCAGCACAAGGUUUGGGAAUGAUUGUGUCUGUAUGUCCUAUUUUGUACUUUUUACUCCGUGUGAUUCAGCUGAACAUUUGUUGGUGUAUUCAUCAGUCUGAAAUCAGAAAGUUCAGUUUCAAUAAAUCUUUUUGUUUACUUAUUUAUUUAUUUUUAUUAUGAUAUAUAUAUAUUUUUAAAUAUCAAAAAUCUUUUCAAACUGGUAAGCUGGUUCUGAAAGAUUUAGUAAGCUCACUUUUUGCAUCUAUACAUUACUGUAUGUUACAUUAUUUAUGUAACCUCAUACAUUUCUUUCCGUUUGUUUUUUAGUUUCAUGAAUGAAUGUCUUACAUUCACUGUGAAUGUAAGUAGAAAUGUUUUCUUUUCUCUCCCCAAACAGAGCAAACCAUUUCCAUGUACCAGAAUAUUUUAAUUCAAACUGUGUGACAGGAGUUUGUUGGAUUACAUAUUUGACCAGUGAAGAUGGAAAACCAACAUGCACAAGAUUUUUUCUGUAGAUUAAUUCUAUCAGCAAUCAGAGCUGUGUUUUUGUGAUUAUCAUAGCAGAUGGGAGAUGAGUAAGUUAAUUCUUCCCUCUUCUUGACAGCAGACACUUCGUAAACCAGUGCAAUCUAAACAUGAUUAAGCCAGCAGCACACUGACAUCACUGUAAAGUAAGACUGACAAUUGGCCAGGAGAAAAUGUGUUAGAAACAGACAGAAGAAGAAGAAGAAGAAAAAAGCCUUUGAUUACAAGGUGACUCUGACUUUAUGGAAGUUCCAGGUGUGUCAAACCUUAUUGUAGGAUUUGUCAAGGACACAGUUUGUGGAGAAAUAUUUAUUUUUAUAUAUCUCUGUUUACUGAACAUGAACAGUAUAUACUGUGGAAUUGUUCAUUUCUAUAGUUCUAAUGAUGUAUUAGCAAAAGCAAUGCUAUAAACCUUGUCAAUAUUUAUGGCUUUGUGAAUCUUGUUGUAUUAGUGUUGACUACAUGCUAACAGAGUACAGUUGUUUUUCUUUUAGAAACACCUUGCAACAAGAAUAAAUCAAUCUGUGAUCUGGAUUAUUUUAUUUUUCUUCAAACUGCCUGGAUAUGGACUAAAAAUGGUCCGUCCUUCAGAGUGCAGUUUAUAUUGUGGAGAUACAGUGCCAUCCUGCUUUAGUGUAGAUUAAUAAAGAAGCUACUGUAACUCAAUUGCCUUUUUUUACACCAUUGCUUCAGACACACCUUCAUUGGUGCAUUGUGUAAAUACUGUAAUGUAUUUUAUGCUUUUUGGGUCUGAGUCUAUGGCGCGACACCAGAUUAUGUCACUGUUUCCUUUUGCCUGAAUGGAAAAAAAAUGAUGCAAUUUAUUCUUAUAGGUGCAAGAGAACUGCCACAAGCCUCCAGACUUUUUAUGUCUUGUAUACAGUAUACAUCAUUACAAUGAAAAGUGAGAUCUGUCUGUUUAAAUGGCCAUGUGAUUCAUCAUGGAUCUAUUCACACUGAACUUUCAGCUGUCUUUUCUGCUUUAAUCAGUGAGGGAGUGUAAAUCUGCUUUGGGUAUUGUAAUCAGGCACUGUCUGGCCCUGGGCCUGGCUCCAGCAGUACCUCUGACGUUGUUGGAAAUAGGACAGUUCUGGCAAUGAUUCAACCUGCUGCGCUGGGGCGGAUGAUGAUUUCAUUUGGGUCAGUGCUGGGGAACUAUUUAAAUGUGAUGUGUUAGUGAUGUAGACGUGAUGUGGUCACAACUCCGAGUACCACUGAGGCAAGACAUUUGUCACAAUCUGGUCACUCACCUUAUCUCCAUGUGUAAACUUUUUCAUCAUGCGCUAGACUCAUAAAAGCUGUUAGCCAAAAAUAUGGCACUGUUAAAAUGGACAUCAAUCAUACAAACAUUUGAUUGUGGCAAAGAUUUAAAACUGAGGAAAGUGAAUAAAUAAAUUGAAAUGACUGUGCUUAUAUAGUUAUGUUUGUUUCCAGUGAUCAUUGUCAUUUGUCAGAGUCCAAAGUUUGUGAGUUUCAGAAUGAUGUAAUAAUAAUAUAAUGUGCUCAGGGUAAUAAAUCAUUGUGAAAGGGCUUGAAUACAAGUCUAUUCUUCUUUUGCCUCUGUGUGUUGAGUAUCAAUGAUGUGAUGCUUUUUUAUUUUCAUUA